AUGUUGGGAAUCACGACACCACCACCACGAAAACCAGGACACGAAAAGCUACGAAGGAUACCAACGCCAGAACUUGAGGAAAUACGCGCAGGAAUUCAAGCAGCGCGACAAGCGGCACAAGAGGACCUGGACGAACAAUCAAUGGAAAAAAGAACUCUCGCAAUGACGGGACGCAAAGAACUCCAUGAACCAAAAUCGCCAGAAUACUUGGACGAAGACUCGCACCAAGAAAUCCUCGAUUGGGUGCGACAACAAGCAGAAGCAAGGAAGGUUCGAAGGGAACAACAAUAUAGGGAGGAGCAAGACGCACAAAUCCUCACCACCUUCGAUGAACCCGAGGAUAGAGUAAAAGAAAUGAGCGUCGAUGACGACUGCGCAAUCCUAGACACUCCAGAAGCGUCCGAAGACGAACAGAGCGAGGAAGAAACGCCUGCAAGGCUAACAGCGACCCAAGAGCAGGCGGUACAACGACAUUUUCCCGCACCAACAGGAAAACAUUUCGCAAUUCCUAUUAUUGCGGUGGACACCACCACAAUAUUGAGAAACCCGACACUAUGGUACCCAGAGAGGGAAGAAGGGGACGACCCCAGACUCUCACCAAGACAUAAAGACCAUACACGAUUAGCAUGGGCAUCAUGCAUAUUCAUGAUGUGUCAAGCACAUUUUACAACCAAGGCACGACUGGAUGCAUUUCCAAUCAGGAUGAGAGGAUAUCCGAUCAAAGCACCAUACUUCCGAUGGGAACUCCUAGAAUGGAGAGUGAAGAUAAUCAAUGACGAUCAAACGAUGAUCUUGGAACCCGAUUCGAACACACCCAUCAAAUGCCGAGCUCAUACAGAUCCUACGGACGUAUGCGAAUCAGACACAUGCCAGUUACACGUAUAUACGAAGAACAGGCAGUGGCACCAGUAUGUGUAUGAGGGAAAGAUCCCAACACACAGAAGAGAGUUACUACUCAAGUCACCUCGAUGUGAAACAAAAGACCACAUGGUAUGCCCACUACCAAAUUGUUCAGAACAUAUGGUAGAUAAGGCCAGAGAAUGGCACAAGUGGCAAUGUGGGACACCAGCAGCAUACAAACGGACACAGCGAGCAUUAGACAUACUCGAACAGAGAGACCCCAGGGGAACCACAGAAUCAACAUACCACAAUGAACAACAGUUGGAUAAGUGGUACAACGAACAGAAGUUCAACCCCAGAUGCAACAAGAAAUAUGCGGUAAACUGCGACAAUCCAAGAUGCGAGAAGCAUGGAGAAAUGAAAGACCAAAUUUACAAUCGCCUAUGUCAAAUGUUUAACGAUGGGUUUUGCUUUAAGCACCCACAAAACGGAACUGGACCUACGGAAUGGUACCAGGAAAUGAAACGACAAAUCGCAGAAGAAUCUAUUCCGGAAGACUCAAAAAACGAGGCACGCCAUCUGUAA